CCAAAACAUAGGUCAAUCAGAACAACAGCUGAUGACGAACCCAAACAAAACGCUUCAGCAUCAAGAAACUCUGUUUUUCGAGGGAGGUGAACAUAAACUACAAGAAUAAUGACAACAACACCCACUUUGACAACUAGGGAAAUAAAAAAUACUGCUACGGGAAUUGACAUAAAUGUUCCAACAGUGAAGGAGAAGGUGGGACGAUUACUGACUGAUGAGGAAUUCCAAGUUAUUGUUAUCACCAAUAAUCCAGUUUUUAAACAAGAAUCUGCCAAGUCGACAGACUGUGUUCAAUUCAUGGUACCUAAAAGAUACAACCAAUUUGAGGCCCUACAUAAAGCAUUAGGAGAAAAAUAUCCAGCCACUGUCUUGCCGGUUCUCCCAAAAAAAUUACUUAUGUUGAAGGAUAGCACAUUGUCAGAGAGACGCAACGCAUUUGACAAAUUGAUGAAGGCAAUCGCCGUAAACCCAAAGAUUUGUUUCAGUAGCAUUGUACUUGCAUUUCUUGGCCUCACAAAGGAACAAAUAAAGAAGGCUGAAGUACCAUGUGCUCAGAAAUCAGAAGAAAUUGAUGGCGACAACAAAAACAAAUUGACCAAGGAACCAAAUGAUAGAAGCCAACUCGAAGAAGUAAACCUUUUUGCAGACGUCGAAGAUCAAGAUGAUGAUCUUGAACUGUUUGGGAGUGAAAAAGCUACAAGUAUGAGCAGUAAAGUCAACAACACUAGAAAUGAGGAUGAGCCACCAAAACAGGAUGAUCUCAUUGCCUUGAUGCGAGAAGCUGACCCAAAACCGGAGAAACCAAAAAUAAAAGGUAAGUUUAUCUUCAGGCCUCUAUGCUCUACAUUAAGCCAAACUGAGCCUUGGUUUAUUUAGCCUAGGCACUCAAUAGUAAUGGUGAGCUCUGUCGUCAAGCAUGAAACAAGUCUAGAGAGUUGGUCAUAAGAGAAGGUAGGAAAAUAUCAGAAGAGCUAUACUUCUUAAUAGUUACAGUAGUAACUUUUCUGUCAUGUGGAUCCAGUAUUUAAGAAGUAUGAUAGUUGCACUCAAGCACAUAUGUAGAAUUAGAAUAGAAGUACUAUAGAGGCAAUUUCCAUAAUCAUUGUACUAAAUUGUUUGUAUGUUUAAAUUAGUUAUAUUUCAUCCUAGGCCUAAAACCAAAAUACAUAUUCUGAUAGUUUUGGCAUGGAAACAUGUACUUUGUAUGUGUUAUUUACAUUUUAUAAUUUGUUUUAUCUUGAAAGAAGACAGGUACAAAUUGAAUGUGUAAUUUAUUGAAAAUCUACCCUUUGAUAUAUUUCUAAUGAAUAUUUUUUAUAUAUCUUAGUUAUAUUUCAUCCUAGGCCUAAACCCAAAAUACAUAUUCUGAUAGUUUUGGCAUGGAAACAUGUACUUUGUAUGUGUUAUUUACAUUUUAUAAUUUGUUUUAUCUUGAAAGAAGACAGGUACAAAUUGAAUGUGUAAUUUAUUGAAAAUCUACCCUUUGAUAUAUUUCUAAUGAAUAUUUUUUAUAUAUUAUUGGACCUGUGUUGUUUUAAUCAUAUGUGUCAUUUGAGCAAUUCAGUUAUGUGUACUUGUUUCUAACCACUAUAACGUGAAACUUUAAUCAGUACCUUUAGAUUACAAUAAAGAUUUAUUGUAUCGUUUGAUAAUUUUGGGAAUAAAUAACGAUUUGCUUAUGGAUAUUUUCAAGUUUAUGUAACUUAAAAUUUCUUCUUUUCUUUUUUUUAACUUUUACUAUUAUUGAGACUUCAGGAGCUACUUCAAGUGAAAAUUAUAUAUUAUUAUUAUCAAUUUACCUAACUGUUCUCCAUGUGUUUAUAGCAUGCUAUACAAUGCAGAUUUCAUAGUACACUGUUUUUGAUUUUUUUCAAAUACAAUUUUUUUAGUUUAGCCUAUAACAAACAUUGCACUGGGCAGUCAAGUAAAGAUUUUGGAACCUCAGUUUUCAAGUAAACACUGAUAACAAUAUAUUUGUAACAAACUUCAUUGAUGUCUGAUAGUAUUUACUACA